AUGGUUGAUACUAACCCUAGUACAUCAACUAACAACGGUAUGAGCGGUUUACACCGCAUACCACCCCUGCGAGGGACUGACAAUUACAACAUGUGGCGCACACAGAUGGAAGACAUACUUACCGAUCUUGAUCUGUAUGGCUACGUUAACGGAACGAUAACUAUGCCGUCAUUGACAACAACAACAACUACGCCAAGUGCAUCUGGCAGUAGUGGGAAGGAUGCUCAGGCAUCCACAUCAACUGGUACAAACGAAGAAUACCUUAAAUGGAGUAAAUCCGACCGUAAAGCAUUAGUGAACAUACGCCUGAGAGUUGACGGGAAUGUACUUACACACAUACAAGGUUGUACAACCUCCGCCGACGCUUGGAAUACGCUCGCGACUACAUUCCAAGUUAAGGGAACAGUCGGAUUAAUCAAUCUUCGAAGGAAGUUCUUUAGCCACAGGAUGACUGACGGCGAAGACAUUGAAGAACACAUACAGCGAAUGCGUGGAUGGUUCCAGCGAAUCAACGACAUAAAACCAAACUCAAUAAAUGAAGCCAAUUGGAUCACAACUUUAGUAGCUAGCUUACCUGACUUGUGGGAUUCAUUUACCCAGUCAAAGCACAUAGAAAAAGCAUUAGGAACACGGACGGAAAGGCAUUUUUUAGCUCAAAUAAACCCCUAUUCAACCGAUCUGUAUGCACCAAUUCAAGCCAACGUGGACCAGACAAGUCUAAAUCCAAGUGCAACAACUGCGGAAAGAUUGGUCACUGGGCAGCGGAGUGCCGCGGCCCAGGCGGCGGUGCAUACAAACACGGUCAACAGAACAGAGGAAAUCAACCUAAUUGACCCGUUGCAAAAUAGCAAGACUAACGACUACGCGUUCUCAACCUUUGAGAACCUACGCAAAGAUUUUAGCAAGUCCACAUGCACAUGGAUAGCUGAUAGCGGCACAACUACUCACAUUGCAAAUGAUCAACGACUAUUCACCGACUAUAGGAAAUCCUCGGAUUAUGUUACCGGCGUAGCCGGUAAAGAGCCAAUUCUGGGCCGAGGCACUGUGGAGCUAUGGUGCCUAAUUGAUCCUGAGAAGACCGAACAAAGAAAGAUUACGCUUACCAAUGUGGCCCACGUGCCUAGUUCCCCGGCAAACCUCAUCAGUUUAUCACUAAUCACUGAUAAGGGAUAUUGCGUCUCAAUGGAUCAAGACCAAUUACUACAAAAUAGAAGUCAAGGGAACCUAUGGAAACUAAAUGCCAAAACAAUAAACAAAGUCAGUGUGAACAAUAAGCAUACACCCACAGAACUCGCACUCGUGAAACAAACCGGUCAAACUUGGCUCGACUGGCACAAAGUACUCGGACACAUUGGCCCGCAAGCCCUUCAACAAAUCAAGAACACAAACGCAGUUAAUGGCAUGGAAAUAGUAGAAGAUAACAUAGGACUCAACUUGAAUGAAUCUUUGGCAAAAGUAACUGAAAUUGGUGAAUUAGUAGUAACUGACGUAUGGGGACCUGCCCGCACCCCUUCGAUUGGACAAUACAAGUACUACGUAUCAUUCACCAAUGUAGCCACUCGUUUUACUUGUUUAGGCUUCUUACAACACAAGGACAAGACGUUAAACGAAUAUAAAUUGUUUGAAGCACUAUUAAAUACACAAAAGGACAAGAAAAUAAAACGAGUAAGAUUUGACAAUGGCAGAGAGUUUGUGAACAACGAUUGGAUCAAACAUGCAGCCCAGAGAGGGACCAUUUUGGAAACAACGGCCCCGUACUCAGCUCAACAGAAUGGAAUUGCCAAACAAUUGAACCAAACACUUACCAACAAAGCUCAAGCAAUGUUACUUGAGUCAGCCGCUCCAAAAUUCCUAUGGAAUGAAGCAUUGGCGUACGCGUGCUACUUGAAGAAUCAAGUACCCACGCAAGUGCAUGGUACAUUCUGGAAAACACCGUUUGAGGCGUUCUGGGGACAAAAGCCCAACGUUAGUGUCCUGCGACCUUGGGGUACCAAAUGCUACGUACUUGAUCAAGGUGAAAAUCAAUCAAAAUUGGACUCCAAGACCUUCACGGCAACAUUUGUAGGUAUCUCUGAUGUACAAGGCAAGAGUUGGCGUUACUACAAAACCGGAGCGAAUUGGAUAUUGCACUCACGCAAUAUCUUGUUCCCGAAGGACCAUGCGGCGAUCAAAGACGUUGCAGAUAACACCGAUUGGGGAGAAUUGGUUGCUCCGCCCGCUGAGGGGGAGAUGACUCAAACCGACAGCGCUGCGGAACAACCAACCAAACCUACUGGAACAGGGGGAGCACAUGUAGUUAGUAAAAACAAAGAAAAUGACUCGAAACUACCUAGCAAUAAAAAGCCUAUAAAGAGCGAACUAAAGACUGAGGGAACGACAUCGAACUCACAUACUCAACCAAUCCAACAACCUGUUGUCCCUAAGUCUAAUACCUCUUGCUCUAAGCCUGCUAUGCGCACCAACCCUAGCGCUGUUACUACUCAGUUGAUUCAAGCAAUUAAUGCACUCACCCCCGGUAGUGGAGAUGGAAUCCAAACCCGUAGUCGGAAUCCUAACGCCCCUGCCAUCUCUCUUGCAAGAGAAAGAGGCGGAGUCAAGAUCUCCAUCAAUGACACCACCCCCCAAUCCGGUCAGUCUGCACCUAAUAUCUUGAACAAAGUCACUAACCUAGCUCCUACUCACCAACACCUCCUCCUACUAUCCGCACCUACCAUCCCAUCCAAACUUGCCUUUGCACUGGAUGCCCCGCCAACGCCGCAAUCAACUACGUCCAUUGACGGUACGCUGGCAGACAAAUUUGGCCGCCUCCAGUUAUCCAACUACACUCCAACCAAGCCGGAUUCCCCCCUGGCAACAACCGGGCAUCUGGAACAAUCCUGGGCCGCGUUGGCCAAUCCAUCCAACCCAAACGACCACCCCACCGUGGAGGAGGCCCUUGCAGGACCACAGGCAAACGAAUGGUCAGAGGCGAUGCGGAAGGAGGUCAGCACACUCAAGAGGAUGGGUACGUACAAACACGUUGAACCCCCUAAAGAUUGUAAACCCAUUGGAAACAAAUGGGUACUGACACUCAAACGGAACGCCAAUGGUGAACCAGAACGCUACAAGGCGCGAUUAGUCGCACAAGGGUUCAGUCAACAACCCGGCAUCAAUUUUGACAAGACGUUUGCACCUGUUGUACGUCUUGACUCAAUUUGUUCUCUUGUCUCACUCGCUAACAACAACAACUGGGACAUUUGUCAGCUCGACGUCAACGCCGCUUACCUACAUGCUGAAGUUGACAAAGAACUAUAUAUGCGACAAAUCCCCUACUUUGAAGAUGGUACGAAUCGUGUCCUCAAGCUUAAAUGUUCUAUUUACGGUCUGAAACAAGCCGGACGUAUGUGGAACAAGCUAUACAAUACCAAACUCCAAUCAAUUGGCUACCGCCCUGUCUCACCAACUCGUGUGUCUACUACCGCCUUGAAGACUACAAGGGUGAGUUAUGCGUAUCCAUCAUUGCUACGCAUGUGUGACGAUUUGAUCGUUAUCACAUCCACAAAUACAACCAACUUUGCCAUAUCCAAAUUACUUGGCGAAUUUGAUAUGCGCAAUUUAGGUCCCAUACAUUACUUUCUAGGUAUCGCAUUCAAACGCAACCACAAGCGCGGUAUCUUAUGCCUCAAUCAAACCGCUUACAUCAACAACUUAGUUCACUUUGCAGGUCUUAAGGACGCUUUCCCCGCCAAUACACCCCUAAGUCCCAGCGUUCAACUCACACGCUUCAAUGGUGCUAAGCCAAAGUUUAACUAUGGAACUUACAUUGCCAAAGGCUUUGGCAAAAUUGGCUACUCAGAUGCCAACUGGGGCAGCAACCUUAUUGACCGUAAGUCCAUCUCUGGACAUGUAUUCAUGCUUGGCGGCGCAGCCGUUUCUUGGUCAGCUAAGAAGCAAGCAACUGUUGCUUUGUCAACAAUGGAAGCCGAGUAUAUGGCGUUAUCGCACGCAUGUACCCAGGCCUUAUGGAUGCGACAAUUCUUUGAAGAACUGUACCUAUACGCUGAUGCACCAACCCUUAUUCUCUCAGAUAAUCUCGCUGCACUCACUCUAUCCGUCAAAUCUCAAUUUCAUGGACGAUCGAAACACAUCGACAUACAACACCAUUUCAUGCGCAAUAUUAUCGAGAAACGGAAGGUAACUACGUUGUACGUACCGUCCAACGAGAACCUAGCAGACGCCUUCACUAAAGCACUCCCGGCACCACAAUUCAGGUACCUCAUGAGAUCAAUCAUGGGCGAACCGAUCGAAGAAUCAAUCGAAGACGAAUUGAUUAACUAA